UACUAGUCACAUGGUUCGAAUUAAAAUUAUAUUUGAAGCAAAACAAAUUCCUAGUCAGGGUUAUCGGUGCUAGUUUUCAAAAUGUCACGGCGGUUUGUUUUGCGGGAUGGUAAAAUGCAGGAAGAAUUAUUGGACGAAAACAACGUUGGUACAGGAAGGGAACAAGUACAUAUACAAGUACAGGCUAUUGUUCAAGUCAGAGAUUUGAGGGAAAGACUGUAUAAGGAGGUGUGCUCGUAUACAGGUUCAUAUGAACACAUUUCGAGAGACGAUUUAAGCGACCGAGAUUUCAUCUUCAAGGUACAAGAAGGGGACGAUGGCAAAUUGCGUGCUGUAGAAAUCACGAAAGACGAGGUCAUGGAAAUGUCUGCUGACACGGUUGAUUUACAUUCUAUGACCGCUCUACUCUGGCGUGACCCCCAUCGCAGGAUUCGAGAGAUAACAUUUGGUGUGUCGGUGUACAGUGAUCCUCUCAUAGCCGCAAAUAAUGCUAUACAAUAUGCGUAUUCAAGUGAUUGUUCCAUUUUGGACAUAAUUGACCCGAGUUUCACUGCCGUUAAGACUGAUCAUGUGAUUUUCCCUAUAUAUGCUAUAAAUUAUAAAUCAGCCAUGGGUCUCAAACAAUUUCGAAGACAACAAGAUGGAAGUCCUGGAUCAUUUAAAAGCAAAGCGACAGUCGCAGUAUUUCAAGACAUUGCUCCGCAAAUGAACCAGAUAAUUGAUAAAAAUUUGAAUGGGUUACUCACACGUGUUGACAAGGAAAAAGAAGAAGAGUUGGUGGUGACGAUUGUUCCCAAAAGGGGAUCAUCAAAGGCCCAACCCCUUAACCGGUAUAGAUGCAAAGUGAAUGGUUGUUCAUUUACUACCUCCAAAACAUGGAACUUCACAACUCAUGAAAACACUCACACAAAAGAGGUAUCGUUCCAGUGCCCAGGGUGUCCCGCAAGAUUCACAACCAAAGCAACUAUGGUAAGACAUCAGCCUAUCUGCCCCGCAAGAACGGGGAAGGCAGUAGGGAAAGUGUCUUUUGGGCCUCGACGAAGGACCUCCUCUAUCAAACCUAAGACGCUCCCAACUACAUCUGCCUCUGUCAGCCUCCCCCCAUUUGCUAAUUUGACAAAUUCCUCUCUCAAACGGACCAACUUGACGGAUAUCCAAGGGACAAUCAAAUUCCCCCCCAAAAAGCUGGCGUUAAAUCCUACUCGGAGUAUUGUAGAAAAAAACCCCACAACCACCAUCAUGACCUUACAGUCUGAGAAUGAAGACUUGCGCCGAGAGAAACACGUCGCCACAACCACCAUCAUGACCUUACAGUCUGAGAAUGAAGACUUGCGCCGAGAGAAACACGUCGCCACAACCACCAUCAUGACCUUACAGUCUGAGAAUGAAGACUUGCGCCGAGAGAAACACGUCGCCACAACCACCAUCAUGACCUUACAGUCUGAGAAUGAAGACUUGCGCCGAGAGAAACACGUCGCCACAACCACCAUCAUGACCUUACAGUCUGAGAAUGAAGACUUGCGCCGAGAGAAACACGUCGCCACAACCACCAUCAUGACCUUACAGUCUGAGAAUGAAGACUUGCGCCGAGAGAAACACGUCGCCACAACCACCAUCAUGACCUUACAGUCUGAGAAUGAAGACUUGCGCCGAGAGAAAGUGCAACUCAAAAGAGAUCGAGCUUUAGCAUUAAGAAAAGCAAAUAAUAGUACAAAUAAUACUGAUUACAGACGGUAAAAUCACUAGGUGCAGAUUCCUUAAGAAAAGAAAGUACGAAAAGACCAUACGUUUUUAACCAUUUUCAACCACAUGUACAACGAAUAUAUGUAAGACGACAACAAUGCCAUAUACAUUACAAAUUAACUGUGUUGUUCUCACAACUGGUUCCUCGUGUCGGGAAUAUCUCUGUCAAGGGGCAGAUUGUCAGAGGCCAAUUGGUUAAACUGAAAAUGUGAAAACAGGAAAAUUAGCAUGAAAUGUGUGCAUGCUGAAUCAAUCAGUGCAGACAGAGUUUGGGUCCAAGAUGGCAAAAUUAACUUUCUUGAUUCGUAUGUACCUUGGUUUUCCCAUACGCGUCUUGACCCUCUGUCACUCUGUCACCCGAGAGAUAAGCCUCCUUAUCAAAGAGUUCGAAAGGGUCAACGACUGCCCCAGUUCUGGGAGGGCGAUGGGGGUCAGUGUAAGUGUUGGCUUGAGAGUGUGUCAUCCAUGUGUCCUUCCUGCGUGAAGAGUCCAUCACAACGUCAUAUUUUGACUUAGAGGAAUAAGUACUGGUACUCGUGGUGCUGCUCCCCACGCCCAACGGUCCUGCCGCCACAUCUGGAAUACAAAAUCAAUAAUAAUAACCUCAGUUGCAUAUGUUUGGAAUGAAAAACAAGAGUGGAAUUGAAGUGAUUUAAAGAGAUAUACGUAUAUAAAUAGAGGCAGAAUGUGAGCAUACAUAACAUAAGUAUGCAAGCCAUCAGGUCAUUUACAAAAGUUACUCUCAAAUCGUGUAUAUAAAUUGGGAGGCCUUGCCUUCAUACUGCUUAAUCAUUAUGCUGCGUAUUCUGAGAUACUGCAUACACAAAUAAGUACAUUUGUAGGCUGGGUGGUAGUCCAUUAAUCACGCAUUAAUUAAAUGUGCUCAUCAAUCUAAUCAAAAAAUGUGACUCACCAUAAAUUCACAAACUCGACUUCUUGCUCAGAGAGAACUUGUAGAAUUUUGUAAUCGCAAAAAACAAACAACUUCAAACCUUGUUUCUGGUCAUAUAAUCCAAAAAAUUCAGCCUAAUCUGCAUUUCAUUGACCAUCCAUACAUACACUCUCUCAGGAAUGGUAUGGUAGCUAAAUCGCCGAGAAGACCCACAACACAAGAACCUAUUUGUCUUGCAUAAUGCAUAUGUGGAGUGGAUAAGUAGCCUAUUUAAUUGCCUUGUAAUUAAGUACUGGUUACAGAGAGAGUCUUAUAUGCGAGUUCAGUUGUCUUGUACGUUUUUUUUUGUAAAAGUUGAAACGAAAAGUAGAAUUUUUGCAUAUUUUGGACGGGUUCGAUAUGACAAAUAAAUUUUACACUUGGGCACAAUAACACAUCAACCGUUUACCGUUUCUUGCAGAUAAGUAAUAUAAUUUGGAUGUUUAAUCUCUCGAGCGCAAAAAUCAUUAAUCUGUAUUGCGGGGAUCAUCAUCAUCAUUUGAAGGACUAUAUAUUUACAAAUAAAUGCAUGGCUGGUGAUGUUGGUGCAUGGUUCAACCCGACGCUACUUGAGAAGCCGUGUAAUUUAUUGUAAUUGCUUUGUUGUGUUGGCCAGAAGGGCCAACUUCUCAACAUUAAUGCCGGGUGAAUUAUGUGAUAAAAAAUUUAUCUGGUUUUCAAAUAAUCAACAUGCAUGAUGAAUAAUUUCUAAUAAAAAUACUGCAUUAAAACCUAUAGUUUUCUCUUUUAUCACAAUUUACAUAGUGCAGAAUCGUUCCAAAGAUUGCAUUUAAUUUCAAGUUUAAAAGCCAAAUAUCUACAAUUUACUCUUUAAUUUAAUUUAUGAUGUAAGUCCUAAUUGUGGACAUUCUGGUACGAGUUGCAUGCAAAUAAUACAUACAAACUGACCACACAA